UGAUAUUUGCUACCACAGCAAACUUUGCACAGGAGUUAUACACGGUCCACCUCUUUUUAGACUUCUUGGGCUUUGUGCCUCUAUGAAACGAAUGGAGCCGAGGAUAGAGUAGGAGUGUCUUAAAGGUGGUGACUUGGAGAAUGUUUGGUGGCUUAACCCCCUCAUCCUAGCCAUCUCUAAGCUAUGCAGACUGCUAGAUCAUUUUUUGACAACUCUGACUGUGAACUGACGGACGCACCUGCACUACCGGUUAGAUAAGUGAUGGAGGCAGAUGACCCAUUCCUUCAAGAAACCAAUCCACGGCCAAGGAUCCAUCAGCAAGGGUCACCAUGCAGCCAAAAACAGCCAAGAUGGCAGUAGUCUCAGCUCGGAUGACCAGCUGCACCCUCCUGACUAAGUUAAUGGAAGAAUGAGUCACAGAGGAUCUCCAUGCCUGUACCCAUGCAGCUCAUCUUGGCUUGCUACUUUUAGUUGUCAAGGUCUUGGAAAGGUGUAUGCCUUGAUGUUUGCUGCCCGAGGUGCCUCUGUAGUUGUGAAUGACCUCGGAGUGGACAGGCAUGGAAAAGGAGAGGGCACCAAGAUGGCGGACAAGGUCGUAGAGGAGAUCCGAGCCAAAGGAGGCAAAGCAGUAGCCAAUUACGACUCUGUUGAAAAUGGAGAAAAGCUUGUCCAGACUGCAUUGGAUAACUUUGGCCGAAUUGAUAUUGUGAUCAACAAUGCAGGAAUCCUCCGGGAUCGCUCCUUUGCUAGAAUUAGUGACACAGACUGGGAUCUGAUCCAUAAGGUGCACUUGCGAGGAUCGUUCCUUGUCACCCGGGCUGCAUGGCCGCACAUGAAGAAGCAACACUACGGCCGCAUUAUCAUGACCUCAUCGGCAGCAGGACUGUACGGGAACUUUGGCCAGGCCAACUACAGUGCAGCCAAGAUGGGUCUUGUUGGGUUGGCCAACACCGUGUCAAUAGAGGGAGCCAAAUACAACAUCACCUGUAACACCAUUGCCCCCAUAGCUGGAUCUAGGCUCACAGAAGAUGUCAUGCCUGAAGAGGUUUUCAACUUGAUGAAGUCAGAGUACAUUGCUCCCGUCGUGCUUUACCUGUGCCACGAGGAUUGCACGCAGACCCGUGGCAUAUUUGAAGCUGGGGCAGGCUGGGUUGGCCAAGUCAAAAUCCAGCGAGGCGGAGGAGUUGUCUGCUCUACUGAAGGAGAACCACUCACCCCGGAAGCAGUUCGAGACAACUGGUCCUCAGUGUGUGACAUGGGUGAUUGUGACUACCCGAGUGGAGUAGGAGAGAGCACCAUGCUGGUGGUGCAAGCCCUCGAGAAGGCUAAGAGCCAGCCUGGGAAACGCAAUAUUGUCAGGUCCACCACAGCUGCAGGGGGCAGUGUUAUCAACCCGGAUCUUGCUGUUGGUCAGAAGUUCCCAUCCCCUCCGUUCACUAUCACACCGAAUGACGUCAUCCUCUAUGCCCUUGGAGUGGGUGCUUCCACAGUGCAACCAGGACACCUGAAGUUCCUCUUUGAGCUGAAUGAGGACUUCUGCACCUUGCCGUCCUUUGGUGUACUCCUGGGCCAGUCAGGCAUGGGCAAGCUCUUCACAGGGACUUUACCUGGUUUGGAGAGUAUUGACAUUACCAAGAUUCUUCACGGGGAGCAGUUCCUGGAAGUGUACCAACCCAUCCCUACAUCUGGAACCCUGUCUGCCGAGUCAGAGAUCGUCGAUAUUCUGGAUAAACGCUCUGGUGCCCUCAUCGUGGUGGAAUCCAAGGCUUACGAUCAGAACAGGCAACUGGUGUGUUCCAACCAGGCUUCCAUUUUCCUGGUAGGAGCAGGUGGCUUUGGUGGAAAGAAAACCUCAAGUAAGGUCAAGCCAACAGUUGAGCCCCCGUCACGUCCUCCCGAUGCCUCCGUCAAGCAAGUCACCUCCUUUGAUCAGGCUGCCCUCUAUCGCCUGUCAGGAGAUACCAACCCGCUCCACAUUGAUCCUACAUUUGCAGCCAUGGGAGGUUUUGAUAAACCCAUCUUACAUGGCCUCUGCACCUUCGGCUUUUCCUGUCGUCACGUCCUGAAGCAGUACGCCGACGAUGACGUCACCAAAUUCAAGGCUGUCAAGUGCCGCUUCUCCAAGCCCAUUGUGCCCGGCCAGACAAUUCAAACAGACAUGUGGAGAGAAGGCAACCGUAUACACUUCCAGACCAAGGUGGCUGAGACAGGAUCUGUCAUUAUCUCUGGGGCCUAUGUGGACCUGAUCAACCUUGCUCCCCAGCCAGCAGCCGCCGAAGUAAGUCGACUACGCACUGGCUCCGAGUCGUCAGUGACCAGUGGCCUGCAGUCUGACCUGCUCUUCCAGGAAAUGGGUCGUCAGCUUUCCAUCCAGACUGACAUGGUCAAGAAAGUGAAGGGCGUGUUCUUGUACAACAUCUCCAAAGGAGGCAAGCCAGCCAGCCAGUGGACUGUUGAUCUGAAGACUCCCGGCGGUGCAGUGUAUCAGGGUGCUCCAAAAACUGGCAAAGCUGAUGUUACCGUCAAGAUGUCAGAUGAGGACUUUGUGGCCAUAGCAGUCGGCAAGCUCAACCCUCAACAGGCGUUCAUGAAAGGUCGUCUGACAGUCAAGGGUAACCUCAUGCUACUGCAGAAGAUGACCCAACUGCUGAUGGCAUCUGCCAAGCUCUAGACCAUCGUUUCCCCCAUCCACCUGCAGCCCCCACUGCCACCAUCCCCUCCCCUCCCCCCAGGAUGGGCUAAGAAGUGCUUGAGGUCAGCUUCUCCUCAUUCAUCGAUUCAAGAUUCCGUGAAUCAUGGUACCUUUGAGUGAUGUCACUGUCACAUGAUGAAAACAAUACCAAAUUACUCAGGAGAGGUGAAUUCAAUACAGACACAUGCAAAUUAUCCGUUAAAACUGAUCUGCUAGAAUUCCUAUUGAAACGAUUGUCAUCCGUCUUUUUCUUAUCACUUUGAUCCAGAAUUGUUGGGCCUCAUGUCCCGAAUCAUUUCACUGAUCCGUUUUAUCUUACAAGUCCAAUAGUUGCAGGAGUUGCUUUCGGUCGACUUGGAUACUGCAUGGAUGUUUGUUCGAAAUGAAGUUUGAAUUUAUAAAUCAAGGGCUUCUCGGUCGUGAUAUUUGCUAGAGCUAAUGUAGCAUGUUGAUAGGUUUACAAUGUAACACAUCGUUACCAUAAUGAAAUGAAAACCAGAGCAAACGUAGCAUGUUGAUAGGUUUACAAUGUAACACAUCGUUACCAUAAUGAAAUGAAAACUGUAGAAUAUCCAAAGAAUCACGGUUGAAAUUAGAAAACUCGAGUCUUCAAAACGGUUCCCAAUAGCAGGUUCCCAGGUUAAUCCUCCUACCUUGGCCUUGAUUUCCUGGAAAAUUGAUCUCUUGCAUACUAGCAUGUGGUGAAAAGGAAAUGCAUUUUACUAUCUUACCAUAUUUUCUGUUGUGGUUAUUAUCAUAAUGCAAGAAUGGCUCAAGCAGAACCAGUGAUAGAUUUUGCUUAAAUCCAAACAAAAUGAUAUAGAGUGGUUGAGUAAUGACCUUUAAAUGAAACUGUGAAACACAUUGAUAGAAGGAAAGCAUGCAUGCAUGCAUGCAGAUUGCAAUCAAUUGAAAACUAAGGCAGUUGAAUUGGUUCGACAUCUCAAACGUUGUUUGACGUCAGUAAUCGAGGAGUUUCGUUAUAAGACCAACAACACUUAAUGUAAAUUUGUGCUUGUAUGAAAUUUCGUAAUUGGAAACAUACUUCUGACGUAAAUAUAAUUAUUUAUAUUUGUUCAUUUCGUUUGUGGUGUAUUAAUGUUCUGAUAUGUUGAGGUGAAACGAGUCGGAAGAUUUCCAUGCUUUUAUUAAAAGAAAGUAAUAUUUUAAUUUCAUCUUAAUUUAUAUACAGCAUUUUAUGUUGGUUUGGUACCUUUUGCUUAAAGUCCUAUCAUUAAUUCUUUGUUAUGCUAAAGAACAGACAUUAAAUGCUGACAAGCAAAGAGCCAUUGACGGCCAGUGCGGUUA